AUGGACAGCAGGGAGUGUUCGCUUAAGGCUUUCCUGAGGAAGAAAGCAGAGUUGCAGCCUUCCCAGGAGAAGAGGCAGCCCUCGGAGCCACCAAGCCCAUUGAUGGCCUGGGGCUUGCCAGGUGCCCAGAGCAGCAGUCAGCAGGAGCCACAGACUCAGGACUGGGUGUGCGAGCCGCAGGACAGCUGGCGCCAGAGCCACCGCCGCUGGAGCGUCAGCAUAGAUGAGCGCCGGAGGCUGGCCAUGCUGGGCCGCGGCGAGAAGCCGGGCCUCGCGGGGGCGCCCCCCUCCUGCAGGGACCUCGCGCGGAUCGUGGCCCAGCUGGUGUCCGAGGACGUGGACAAGGACGUGCUCUUCCCCCACCCGCCGAGGUCCUCCGAGUCCACCAACGCCUUCCAAGCCUUCCUGGUCCGGAGCAAGCCUUUCUGGCACAACGUGACUCUGGAGGCCCCGGCCUCGAGGUCGCCGCCCUCCUAA